CUCAGAAAUCUGAGCGUAAUUAAGUGCAGUAAAUAUUGACCUAUUUGGACCGACAACCGAGACAGAACGACAAACGUGAUGCAGCGAACUGUAGACCAUCUUCAGAUUCUGCUGAUCGGUAAAACCGGUUCUGGAGUGAGCGCUUCUGGAAACACUAUCCUGGGUGAAGAUGUGUUUCAGUCCGGGCGGAGUCUGACCUCCAUCACUGACAGAUGCCGAAAACACACGGCUGAAGUGUCAAACAGAAGAGUCACAGUAACUGACACUCCAGCUUUCUUCAGUACAGCAAACAUUGAUCUGAAUGUGGAGUUAAAGAGAGGACUGAACCUGUGCUCUCCAGGAAUCCACGCGAUCCUUCUGGUUUUCCCUUUACACACUUUCACUCAGCAAGAUGCAGAUACCGUGCUCUUAUUCAAGCAGAUGUUUGGUGAAAACGCCAUGAAACACACAUUAGUCCUGUUCACACAUGGAGACGAGCUUCAACACAAAUCAGCCGAUCAACUCAUUAGACGUAACGCAGAGCUGUCCAAACUAACAGAGGAGUGCGGAGGGAGAUUUCACUUACUGAACAACAAAGAUCUGAACGACAGAGAGCAGGUCACCAAACUCUUGGUGAAGAUCCAACGAAUGGUGUCUGAAAAUGAGAACAGCUGCUACACUUUACAAAUGUUUGAGACUCAAUCACUCAAAGUAUUUCUGCAGAGAUUUACAAAGCCACAGUAUCUGUAUGCAGUCAGUGCAGUCAUUGUGUUUGCACUGGGCUGUGUGAAUAUGAGGAAUGAAGGUUUAUUCGAUGUUAAAACAUUUCUGUAUGGUUGUGCUGGAGGUGUGUUAUCAGCAGUGACAGGAGCUGCUUCAGGAGCCGUUUGCACACAGAUGUACAACAAUCAGAGAUGGAGGAUCAGGAGAUUCACUGAAGAUCAUCUGAAACAUGUCAGACUGUGGGGAAUCAUGUGUGGUUGUGCGGCUGGGAUGAUCACGGGGGGUUUUGUGGGUCCAGCAGGUUCAUCAGCUACAUUACUGAGAGGAACACUGGGCGGUGUUGGAGUUCCA